UAGUGUCUAUGCACCUUAUAAUCCGUUGCGCCUUAUAGUGCGGAAAAUACAGUAAUUUUAAUAGCAUUUUUAAGUAUUCAGAUCGGCGCUUUAAACCAAGAACCAACCAGAUUCUUUUAGGCGAAACGAGGACAGUCUGAGACACAUAGGAUACCAAUCAAGCCAGGAGAACAACAGAUGAUAUUGCAACAGAGGAACAGAAUGUCAUGUGGUCUUUAAAUCUUUUCACAGACUAGUCUGUUAUGUUUUUUUUCUUUAGUUGGCCGUGUUGAUAAAGUCGAAACAUCUGAUGGUUUAAAACCAGGCUGCUGUUUCACAGUUAGCAGUUAGAUUUUGUUCUUAUCCAGUGUGUCUUGUACAUCUACUAUUCCUCUUUUGUGCCUAGAUACGUCUAUCGUUUCUCUCUAUGCGUCUUACACUCAACACACACCUCUCAGCCCCUUAUUGUCAUGGAGUGGUGCAGCCAGGACCCUGUUCUCAGUCGCUGCCUGGAAAUUUCCGUAAAGCAAUCCUUGUUGGCUGUUAGGGCUGCGUUGGAGUGGGGUGGGCGUGUGCGAGUGUUUCGGUGGGUAGAGUUGAAGAAGGCAGUGGAAGGUAAGCAGAAAGGGGGGGGUAUGCUUAAGAGCUUUUUGACUUUUCCUCCGUGGGGAGAACGAGCCGUUAGGUGAAAGAGGGAUUGUCUGGAUCUGGAAUCGUCAUGCCUCUAAGUCAGCGACUUUCAAUGAGCUUGAUCCACUGUGAUGGCGUCAACAACCAGAGCUACUUCUGCGAGUACGGACACUGCUGCGGAGAAUCCCAGUGCUGCAGUUACUACUAUGAGCUCUGGUGGUUUUGGUUGGUGUGGGCAAUCAUCUUUAUUUUGUGCUUCUGCUGCAUUUGCCACCAUCGGCGCACAAAACACCGAAUGCAGCAGCAACAGCGGCAGCACGAGAUCAACCUCAUCGCCUACCGGGAAGCACACAACUACCCCUCAGUUCCCUUUUACUUCCGUUUUUUACCAAAUUACCUCCUUCCUGAAUAUGAAGAGGUGGUCAACCGACCUCCGACCCCUCCACCUCCUUACACCGCCCUAAACUUAAACUCCUCCUCUGUGGCUUCUGUUGCCAUGGCUCCUGAGCAGCAGGCGGGACACUGUCCAUCCACCCAGUCCUCUCCUGUGCCCCCGGUCUCCGACGGUCUCUGCAGUAGACCCUCAAUAGAGGAAGCGCAGCCUCCUUCCUUUGACUUUAGGCCGAAGCCCGACAACAAACCCCAUCAAACGACCCAAGAUUCCAGCAUUAUUCUUCUAUCAGAUGGGCUGAAUGUGGAGAUGCUCAGCAGCCAGGAGAAAAAAAGUGGAAGUGGGGAUGACUCCUGCAAGGAUCCCCUGCUCAAGGACCUUUCGCUGUCAGAGGGUUGUACUGAGGAUAAGGAGCGCCUCCCCAACGGGAGGAGGCGGCGAUUCACCGGGGACUCUGGGAUCGAGGUGUGUGUGUGCGGCACACGCGGGGGCGGCGGUUACGGUGGAGCUGGCGGGACGGGUCAGGAGCAGGAGAGCCUGCUGGGGCGUGGCUUGGACGGCGGUAAUGAGGAGGAGGAGGAUGCGGGCGACUUCUGUGACAGUUGCGGCCAUCAAGCCUCCCUGAGCUUAGAGGAGGAGCAGGCGCUGGGCGGGGCGGAGAGGAGGGCCGGGCGCGGGCCCCCGCUGACGCCUCCGAAUGCAGGCGGCGGCUCACUCAGUCCCCCCGCGUGCCUUCUCCUCCACACCAUCAGCGAACAGGACGGCCCGGCCCACAGCCCGGAUCCGCAGGGUUGAAACGCUGAGAGGCGUCAGCGGCACCUUCGGAUUGUUUUACGAAUGAGCCCAUCUUAAAAUAACCAGAUGAGGGAGCAGCAAAAUGACUCCGACGCACAGGCGGAGACGCCUUGCUCUUCCCCGUACUAGUCCCAGUGGCCUUAACCAGCGUAACAUGGGCUGCGUAGGGGGCAGUGCAAGCCCCUUCAGCAGCCUGCAGCAAGCGAAAGCUCUCCUCUCCGCAGUCAUCCUUCUCCUUCAACCCAACGCACUGACUCGGCAACGGAUUCAGUGGGAGGAUGAGAACAGGAACUCUUCAGUUGCAGGAAAUCUGCAACUGCUGCAGCACAUUACAUGGUGGUGUAACAUGCACAGCGGGAAAAACCUCGAGUGAACUGGUGCAUUCAUAAGGAUACCGCAACGUCUACGGCAUUAGCAGACUGCACGGCGUCCCGGUAGUCGUGCUUCUAAAGUGCUUUUUCAGCAACUGUAAACCACUCUGCCUUCUGUUGGUGUUGCUCUAUCAGCCUUUUAAGCGAUACGAUAGUUUGUCUGCGUUUAGAAAACAAAACAAAAAAAAAUAGAUAAAGCGUGAACACUU